UCGGCACGAGCGACCGUGGAAGCUCUAGAAACGUCUAGCGCGAGGCUGGCAGAUGCUGCGUCACUGCGCGAGAACGAGGAGAGAGACACGUUUAGCAGACAGUACAAGAGUUGGUCGGCGUCGUUUUUCCCGUUUAUUUUUUCCACUCGUUCCUACUUUUAACGGCUAGCUAAUUAAACGAAAAAUUAACCCUAAACAGGACCGCACACAGGGGCAAUAGCAGUCCAGAGAAGAAAGAAUCCCAUUAGAUACAGAGAUGCAGCCGGCAACUGCCAAGUGGUACGACAGGCGAGAUAACGUCUUUAUUGAAUUUUGUGUAGAAGACAGCAAAGAUGUCCAAGUGAAAUUUGAAAAUUCAAAGUUUAAUUUCAGUUGUGUUGGUGGAACAGAUAACCUGAAACAUCAAAAUGAAAUUGACCUCUUUGAUGUCAUUGAUCCAAAUGAAUCCAAACACAAACGCACAGACCGGUCUGUUUUGUGUUGUUUACGAAAAUCAGAAUCUGGAAAGUCAUGGCCGAGAUUAACAAAAGACAAGGCAAAGCUAAAUUGGCUUAGUGUCGACUUCAACAAUUGGAAAGACUGGGAGGAUGAUUCCGACGAGGAGCUGUCUAACUUUGAUCGGUUCUCACAGAUGAUGAACAACAUGGGGGGUGAUGAUGACCUUCCAGAAGUGGACGGGGCAGAAGAUGACUCGGCUGACAGCGAUGACGAAAAAAUGCCAGACUUGGAGUGAAAUCAGUCCCAUAGGAACCUCUGUGGCAGCUGGAGAGAGGUCACAAAGCAGUUAUUUUGGAAAGAAAAAAAGAACCAUAUAGGUAUGAGCUGGUAGCCAUAAAAACAAUUGCAUCUUUUGAAAAAGCAGUUUUCCAGACCGUUUGAGAAAUUAAGCCAGGCUUGACCGAAGGUCGAUAUGCAUACCUUUUGUACACAGCUAUCUCCAGCCACUGGCAUUGCUGUGCUAUAGUCUUCUAUUCUGCAUGGACUAUCUAAAGUUUCCAUGAUGUGUUGUGAAGUAUAGUUAUUGUCCAUUAAUCAAAAAUCAAUGGCUGCAUUGAAAGAUAUUGAAGGUUUGAAGCUUAAAAUUAAGUCUUACACCCCCCUCCCUUUUUGUUAACAUCAAUGUGGUUCUGUACAAAACAAAAAGUUAACAUAGUUUCUAAUGAAGACAACUGAAAAAAACUAAGGAUUUCAAAACAACCUAUAUUUUCAAUAAAGUUUUGUUCCUUUUUUAAUUAAAAACCUUUUUCCCCUGUGUUGUUACUACUGUAAAUUGAAUCCAUUUAUUUUAUAAGACAAGUCUUCGGUGGGCCUGAAAGCAAGUGUGUAUGUGUGUUAAUGACUGUGAUUAUUCUUCGUCAGCCAUCAAUAUCAAGUGGUCGGCCAUUUUGAUUGAUGUGGAUGUGGGCUUUCGUUUUCCUUAUUGGUUUCAGAGUUCCCUGCUUUUCUUACUAAGAAAAUUCUGAACUGCUGUUUUCAGUGUAUUCGUGAGUUGCACAACCAUAUCUGUUCAAAUGUAAAUUUUCUGUAAAACAAAAAGUGCUUUACCUCAGCACUUGCCUUUCCUGUCAAUCAUGAUGCAUGACAUCACAAUGCACAUGAAAUUGUGUGUAAGCAAAAUCGAGUGUUUGAAUGGCUGUACCAUUGGUGUUUCUCUGACUGAAAUGUGAGUUGAAUGCAGCCGUUUUUUUUAUAUGGACCUCAAAAAAGAACAAAAUAUGGGUAACAUUUGAUGACUAAAUUUGUAUUUGUACUGUCAGAAUAUAAAUGCAAAUGUGGAUAAAGUCAAAUUAAUACACUAUUAGUUUGUCAGCCUGUCUGCUUUGCACAGGAAGAACUUAAGUUUGUGUUAAGUGCAGUGGGGAAUUUUUGUCUACAUCUUUCUAAUAAACUGUCAAAGACAUUUA